GAGGGCAGAUUUCAUGUGUGCACUAUAAGAGUACAGAGCCACUACAAGCUAUCCUGGACAAAAGGUUUACCUCCCAGGACAUCUUAUGAAAUACUGACUGUGACAAGCAAGAACAUCAGCAAACACAGCUAUGAAGUUCCAAAUGCUUUUCUUUCUUCUGAUCCUCAACUGCAUGUACCUGAGUCUUGGACAAGGCUCGUUUGGCAACUGCUGUCUCGGCUAUGUUGUAGGGAUGAAACAAAAGGCAAAGAGAAACAUUGAAAGUUACAGGAUACAGGAAACAGAUGGGGAUUGCAACAAAAGCGCUGUUGUGUUUCUGAUGAAGAAGAAGCAGUCACGUAAAAAUCCUGGGACUGUUUGUGCCAAUCCAAAGGACCGUUGGGUCCAGGAGCUGAUUGAGACUUUGGAUAGGAGGAUGCAGAAUUAGACCACUUAAAGGAGAGAAACAAGAGAAGAAUGGGAGAGAGGAGAGCAGAUGUUUCACCUCCCUGUCAGGCAUCAUAUAUCACCUUAACCACUUGGAUUAUGUUUCAGUAGAGUUGGUAUAUGUGCUGACAGAGAAUGUAAAUGUACACGGUUCACUAUAACAUGAACAUACCAUAUCCUCAAUGUUAUAAGCCAGUAUAGGAAAAUUCAUUUAUAUGAUUCUGUUCUUUUCUCUGUGAUAUACGUAGCACUUGCUGGGAAUGAGCCACUGUUUUUCACUGUCAUAGCUUUGAAAUGUAUUUGCAGUGUGUUUGUGCAGAUGAGUGUGUGUGUGUGUGAACACUUUGGCGAUAAGUUGAGAGUUCGUUUUUUUACGACAGAUAUUUUUAUAUCAGCAAUAUAUAUGUACUUUGUGUCUUUCUUUAUCAAAUAAAGGCAAUACAAACCAGA